ACGUUGAGAAAGAAAGGACUUAAUGGCUGUGACAGUCCAGACCCCGAUGCAGACGAUUCAGUAGGUCACAGCCCUGAGUCUGAGGACAAGUACAGAAAAAUUAAUGAAGAUAUUGAUCUAAUGAUCAGCAGGCAAAGAUUAUGUGCUGUUCCACCACCAAACUUUGAGAUGCCAGUUUCUAUCCCAGUGUCCAACCACAACAGUUUGGUGUACAGCAACCCAGUCAGCUCGCUGGGAAACCCCAAUCUUUUGCCUCUGGCUCAUCCUUCUUUGCAAAGAAAUAGCAUGUCUCCUGGCGUGACACAUCGGCCUCCGAGUGCAGGUAACACAGGUGGCCUGAUGGGUGGGGACCUCACAACCGGUGCAGGCACCAGUGCAGGGAAUGGAUAUGGCAACCCCCGCAACUCUCCAGGUCUGCUGGUCUCACCUGGCAAUUUGAACAAGAAUAUGCAAGCAAAAUCUCCGCCUCCAAUGAAUUUGGGAAUGAACAACCGUAAACCAGAUCUCCGUGUGCUUAUUCCACCUGGCAGCAAGAAUACGAUGCCAUCAGUGUCUGAGGACGUUGAUCUGCUUCUGAAUCAGAGGAUAAAUAACUCCCAGUCUGCUCAGUCAUUGGCUACUCCAGUGGUUUCCGUAGCAACUCCUACUCUACCAGGGCAAGGGAUGGGAGGAUACCCAUCAGCCAUCUCAACAACAUAUGGUACUGAAUAUUCUCUGAGUAGUGCAGAUAUAUCAUCUCUCUCUGGGUUUAAUACAGCCAGUGCUCUUCAUCUUGGUUCUGUGACUGGCUGGCAACAGCAACACCUACAUAACAUGCCACCAUCUGCCCUCAGCCAACUGGGGUAA